AUGGUCCCGCCGCUCGAGUUCGCAAAAAUGAACCUCCGGUUCUACAUCGACCUCGUCUCGGCUCUCGAGUCACCAACCUCGAACACCCCGACUGCAUCACCGAUCCAGGCCGAGGCGGCGAGACGAAUCACUUCAUUCAGCAUGUCGCGCAACAGCUCAUGGGCUCACCUCUCGAGCCCGGGAUCGGGGACGCCAAUCGCCUUCAGGGCUUCCGGUAUGCAGACGGAUGUGCGCAUUCGAGUCUUUGAGCGCGAGUUCCACGUCCACUCUGUCGUGUUGAGACUGUACUCGGCGUUCUUUCGCACGUUCUUGGACUCGGCGGACAAGGAGGAGACCGAGGCGGAGAAGGGAUCGUGGAGAUACGACUAUGUCUCCGUCAUGGAUCCAGACGGCGGAUGGGGGCUCGAGGCGGCGAAGAAGGUUCCGCAUUCUCCCUCAAAGUCUUCAGCAUCGAGCAACUCCUCCCCCAAAGAAUCCAUGGGCACAUCCGCCGACGAGAUCGCGUUCGAGAAGCUCCUCUGCGCCAUGUACCACAAGAAGUACAGCAUAUCCGGCCUCCGAGAACUUUCCGACAUGACCCGGCUCGCAGACCUCUACUGCUGCCUCCCGACCUUCUCGACCUCGCUCUACACGGCCCUCUGGCACUCCCCCUCCCUCAUCGCCGAGAUCCCGGCCAACUGCAACUCCACCCUCCUCCUGGCGCAGAAGCUCCGGCACCCGCUGCUCUUCCGCGAGGCCCUCGUCCACGUCGUGUCGCAGUGGAAGGGCUACUCCCGCUUCCUCGAGGGCCACUACAGUCUCGUCUGCGCGGUCACGUCGGCCUACAACCGCGUCUGUGAGCGCCUCCUGGCCACCAACCAGGAGCUCUUCCUGGCCAUGAACCUCGGGGGCCAGGUCCGCACGGACAUCUGCGCCGCGACCAGCGACAUCGAGCGGGAGCUGCUGCCGACGCAGAACGCGCACUUCUACCGCCACCUCUACGACCAGUGGGAGGGCGAGCAGGAGGAGGGCAUGGAGAGCGUGAUGGAGUCGCUGAGCAUGCUGCUCGAGAACAAGCUCGUGCUCGAGCGGGGCAGUACCUGCGCCGGGGAGCACGAGUUCAAGCACGGUUUCUUGUGUGCCACUCUGGAGGACAAUGAGCUGCCGUGGAAUCUUGAAGAGGAAGACUGGUAG